GCAAAUAUGUAAUAAAAUUUACAAUCCUUUUUUGACGGUCAUGCCAGGACAUGGUUGAGGAAAGUUCAAGGUUUUCGGCAAUACGAAAAAAAUCGUAUCGAUAAAACGAGGAAAGAAGAGAAAGUUUCGCUUGUUGAAAUAAAUCUUGAGCCACGAUAAAUCUUGGAAGAAAGCUUCAGGAGAAGUUCAACGAUAUUUUUAAGAAAAUUUUCAUUCAACUCGUCCUAACGAUGAGAAUCGAAACAAUACGACUGUCAUUAAUCUUGAUCUUGUUGCCUGCGGUCACAAGUUCAUUCAAGGAUUUGGUACGAAGCAUAUUUCAAUCAGGAAGGAUUGAUGUUGACAAAAAAGGAAUUACGUAUCCUGUAUUAUAUAGUGGCACAAGAAAUCAACCUCAUAUCCCUGAAUACGUUCCAUUUCCGUGUAAUGUAAAAUUUGGAAGAUCACCAACAACGCCUGACAAUGUGCAUCGUUUAAGACCUGGCGACAUAGACGUGAUCGGUAGUCUAGGCGAUUCAUUGAUCGCAGGAAGUGGAGCUCUCGAGGACUACGCAAUAGGAACAUUUAUAGAAGCACGUGGUGUUAGCUGGUGUAUAGGUGGUCAAGGAGACUGGAGACAGUUUUUAACUCUUCCUAAUUUAUUAAAGGUGUUCAAUCCCAAUUUAAUCGGAUAUUCAACGGGUACAGGUGAAUUUAUUUCAACGAAUGCGAAACUAAAUAUCGCCUUCCCAGUCGCGGCCACGGAAGAUGCAUUUCAACAAGCUCGAAUUCUCGUUCAAAGGAUCAAAAGCAAUCCAAAGAUAAAUGUAAUGAAGCAAUGGAAGCUAAUUACAAUUUUUUUUGGCGCAAAUGAUAUUUGCUCGGCACAAUGCUUCAAUCCUGAACACUUUUCUCCUCUUCGAUAUGCUCAUCAUUUAAGAAGAACGUUGGAUUACUUGAAAUUUGUUUUACCUCGUACAUUGGUCAAUGUUGUACCGGCUAUAGAUGUUACGGUUUCCGUUAGAAUACCACGGAGUCCCAUAUGUCGCAUAUUGCACACAUUUUACUGUGCUUGCCUGCACAAAGGUAGUCGACCAGACAUCGAAGCUUCAAAAAUGUCGCAUCUUUAUCAACAAGCCAUCGAAGCUUUAAUAUAUUCAGGAAGAUAUGACAAAUCUUCGGAUUUCACAGUGGUAUUGCAACCAUUUAGUAAAUUAUUCAAUGCACCAAAUGCAGAUCCAAGGAGAGCUCAAUCAAUUGAUCCCACUUUGAUAACGUAUGACUGUUUUCAUUUUAGUCAAAAGGGACAUGCAUUAGGGGCGAAUUUAUUAUGGAACAACAUGCUGGAACCAGUCGGGAAUAAAACGGAACGAGGACUGCCACAGGUAUUCGAAAGAUUAUUAUGCCCGAACGAGAAGGCCCCGUAUAUUUUUACGAAUGUGAAUUCGAGACGUUUCCGAUUGACAGGGCGCCAAGAUGGGAUCAUGGCCAGAUAACGUAACGUAAAAACGUACCGAUAGCAAAGUUUUCACCUGUGAUAAUUACCAACACGUGUUCUCAAGGAAGAAUUUCAACUCUUCAGGUUGAAAAUUUUCAAUGGAAAAUUUUGUGUUUUCUCAUGCAGACAGACUUUAUAUCAAUAUGUAUAAUAGCCGAUAUGUUGUGUACACUAUGGCUAUAUCUCUGUUGUACAUACAUUACCGAUCAAAGGUUUUGAAUCCAUCAAACGAAUCGAAGAACUUAACAAAGAAAUAUAUCA